AUGAAGAAAUGGAAUAUGAACGUUUGUUUUUACUUUUCUUUCUUUCUUUCUUUCUUUCUUUCUUUCUUUGUUCAUAAUCUAUCUAUCUAUCUAUCUAUCUACGUUCUAUUUAUUCUCUGUUCCUUCUCUUUCUCUCUCUCUGUAUCUCUUUCUUUCUUUCUUUUUCUAUCUAUCUAUCUAUCUCUCAAUACCUAUCUCUCUGUCUACCUGUCCGUAGAUCUUGGUCUGUUCAUAACUAUCUCUCUACCUCUCGAUCUAUCUUUCGGUACGUUUGAUUUUGUUCAAAAUUAUUUUAUAUCUAUCUAUCUAUCUAUCUAUCUAUCUAUCUAUCUAUCUAUCUAUCUACCUCUCUCUAUAUAUAUCUCAAUACAUUCUUUAUCUAUCUUUUCUUUCUUUCAUUCUUUCUUUCUUUCUUUCUUUAUCUAUAGCAGUCUUUUCUUUAUCUAUCUAUCUAUCUAUCUAUCUAUCUAUCUAUCUAUCUAUCUAUCUCAGUCUUUUCAUAAUCUAUCUUUCUAUCUCUCUCUAUAUAUAUCUCAAUACUUCCUUUAUCUAAUUAUCUUUUCUCUCUUUCUUUCUUUCUUUCUUUCUUUAUCUCAGUCUUUUCAUUAUCUAUCUUUCUAUCUCACUUUUGACACAUCUAUCUAUCUAUCUCAGUCUUUUCAUUAUCUAUCUUUCUAUCUUACUGUAUAUAUAUAUCCAUAUUUUAUCUAUCUAUCUAUCUAUCUAUCUAUCUAUCUCAGUCUUUUCAUUAUCUAUCUUUCUAUCUUACUGUAUAUAUAUAUAUCCAUAUUUUAUCUAUCUAUCUAUCUAUCUAUCUAUCUAUCUAUCUCAGUCUUUUCAUUAUGUAUCGUUCUAUCUCACUGUAUAUAUAUCCACAUUUUCUUUAUCUAUCUAUCUAUCUAUCUAUCUAUCUAUCUAUCUAUCUAUCUAUCUCAGUCUUUUCAUUAUCUAUCUUUCUAUCUUACUGUAUAUAUAUAUCCAUAUUUUAUCUAUCUAUCUAUCUAUCUAUCUAUCUAUCUAUCUAUCUAUCUAUCUAUCUAUCUAUCUCAGUCUUUUCAUUAUGUAUCUUUCUAUCUCACUGUAUAUAUAUCCACAUUUUCUUUAUCUAUCUAUCUAUCUAUCUAUCGAUCUAUCUGA